ACGACACAGGCCACACACCAGUAGGGUCAACGGACACGACACCAGCAGGCAGGCACAGUUGAGAGAGACCUAGUACGCAGGCAAAAAGCCAAGACAUCAGCAGCGGGAGCCGUCCUCCCAUCGCACAAACACACGACCGCUCGACGGACACCGGCGACGCACCUGCACCAAAUGCUUCUUGCCCUGGAUGAAAGGGCACGACACACAUGAGACUGGCAGGUUGUUGUGUAUCAGUGCAUGCGUACCUGCAGCUUUGCAUCGACGGACUUGGCGACGUCGAGUAUGAUGCGCCAUUCGUCAAACUGACCGACCUGCAGCUCCACCAUGACGUCGAACGGCGGCUCGCCUUUGCGCUCCGUCCGCGUCUUGCGAUCAGAGCCCUCACGCGAGGCACGAGCAUCACCCAGAAUCACAGUCCUGAACAGAUGGAACAACGGCCGAUGAAUACCCAUCUCAUCGUCAGUGUCUUGGCCUCACUGAGGCUCACUCGAAGCCUCCCAGAAGCCCUCGCAGUUCUGGGUUGCGCAUGAGACCAACGAAGUCGCCGUGAGCGCUGGCCAGGAGCCGUACUUUGCGUUGAGCCACGGUGCGGGCGGCAUCCACCUGCACCCAUCGUCACACCGUCACACACAGAGUAUGCAAUGCCCAGCUGCACUUAUAUGAGUGCAUCGUCAUUCACCUGCGACUUAUGGCCGAUUUCGUCAAUGAUCAGGACAACCGGUGUGUGAUUCUGUACGGCCUCGAUCAUCACCUGACGCCAAGCAGGAGGGUAAUACACCACGUGUUUGUGUGUCGCGCGACUUGGUCACCUGGUCCUGCUCGGCGACAUUCCUGACCAUCAGGCGGAUGGCCUCCCCGACUGAUGGAUGCAGCACGUGCCCACCGCCGCAGAUCUCAUUGCUGAAACAAAAGGUGUGCACAAGCACAAAAAGAUUGAUUGUAUAAUUGUCCAUGUCUGGGGGCGCGGCGCUUCUGUGUGGUUACCUGGUGUCGACGAUGCACACACGGAGAUCCUUUGCAGUGAGUACGCGAGAGGCCUCACGGAUGAUGGUCGUCUUGCCGCACCCAGGAGCACCUGCACGCAAGUGGGUGGACACACAGUGACCCUGACGCCCACACGAAGAGGCCUUGCUUACCGAGAAAGAGGAUAGAAUGGCCGUCGUCGGCUGCCACACCUUUCUCGGGCGACAGAAGCAGAUCUUGGACCAUGUCGGUGUUGCCCUUCAUGGCGCGACCAACCUGCGGGCAAAAUGGCACAUACAUGAAAUCCCAUGAAAUGCACUCAUCUUCUUGCCACGUUUCUUGCCCACCCUCAUGGUCAGGCCGAUCACCACCCGCUCGUCAGAUUUGUCUCGUAUGGCACUGAUGCGAUGGAGUGAGCCAGGAAGGACGGCACGGUUGUCAGGCCUGGACACACAGACAUCGACGAAGCACGCAAUGCGUGACGUUAGCUGAUGCUCUCCUUCCCGUGUCCGUGCCCAACCCGAUGUUGUUUUUGCCCCCCAGCUUGUCGACGGCGAAGUCGAGAUGCAUAGUGUCGACCACCACCUCGGGCUUGCUCGGCGCCAGGUACCUCUUCUUGGGCUCUUCGCGGGUGAUCGCGUGCGGGCGCUGCCCGAUGUACAUGACAAUCUCGACCAGGAAGACGUCGCUUUCUGCUUCCUCUGUCCCCUCAUUCCUGGCCCUCGCUUGCUCCAGCACGCCGCCUCUCUCCCAGAAGUCAGAGUGCACCAGCUGCAGGAGGCUCUUAAUGUCUGUCGUGUCCUUCAGACCCAUCUCAUCAGCUGCCAAUGAUGCAGACCCAUUGUCGCUGCCGCCAUUCUUGACCGCCAGCACCUCAAUCGAGCGCAUUUGGUAGGUCUGCGGGUCAAAGCCGACCUCUGUCUCGCCAGGACGGGCCCGCAUGUCGUCUCCCUCCCCCUCUGCAGCAGCCAUGCGGGCGAGUCGUCGAUCCGAGGCCUUGCAGAUGAGCCGCAUCUCCUCAGGCGUUGUCACUGACGCCACCUCAUCGACAGCACGCAAAAGGCCAGCGACGGUCUGAUUGGAAGCCGCCUUGGACACGGAAUGCACCCACGUCAGGAUGUCGCUAAGCGAAGCCAGAGGCGUCUCAUGAACUAUGUCGUACGCCAGCUGGAGGUCCCAACAGAACCGGAUGGACGAGGGGGCGUCAGCUGCUGGCAGCUCGAGAGCCUUGACGAUGGUCGGCAGGUUGUAUGCCACUUUGAGGACGAAUGGUGAGGCCAGGAGACCGUUGAGCAGCUCCCGGGCAAGCUGACACCCCAUGCCCUCCAGUUCCAGCACAGCCACGAUGACACCACCAUUGCUCGUCAAAGGGAGAAAGGAGGCCUCUGCCGCCGCACUCUCUGCUGUGCCAUUCACACUCCCUGGCGCCAGGUAGCGUUCGGUGCCUUGGGCGAGCUUGACCUGGCCGACAAUGCGAUGACACACACACACACACACGCACACUUGUCUCAAUGAAUAAUUGCUUAUUGACGUUGUCUUGCCUACCUUGAAGUUGACAGCAGGGGUAUUCGGGGGGGCCUCCUCUACCUCGAAGACGUCCUCCCUCCGCCGAAUGAGCUUCCUCAGUCGUUCGUACAGUUUGCGCAGCUCGGCCUUGGUGUCGGCAUUGGCAAUCCAGCCAAAUUGGACGGCCUGCCCGACAACUCGCUCCCGGAACAGAGGAAGAGGGGCGAGGUUAUCGAUGCCGUCCUUGAAGUGCGAUCGACCACCGCGACCUGAUUGAUUCACGACGAAACAACGAUCCGCCGCAUUCCCCUCCUCUUCUUCCCACCAUCGAUGAUCUGACAUAGCGAUGCGACGAUCUGCUCCUCAUCGCUUUCAGACGUGGAUGCUGCCCCCAACUGACUUGUCGAGCCAUUGGGGGCGGCGCCACCGGGGCUGCAACUUGGCGGGGCUGCAACUUGGCCGGGGCUGCAACUUGACUGCGGGACGAGGGCGCCAAAGCUGCCCUUUUCCUCGUCUUGUCCCACGCGAGACCACCACUGAUGGCUGAAGAGCGUCGAUUGCCCUGCUGCGGCCGGCUCACUCCUUAGGUCCUCAAAAAAAGCUGGCGAGGCAGCACGUGACGGAGAGGAGGGGGGGUCUUCCAACUGGAAGUUGUCGAUCUCUGUCCACACACCGACGGCCAGACAUCCUGCCUGCUCGUGCAGCGCCACCACUGGGGUCUUGCUCUUGUCAACCUCGGCCUUGAUCAGCAGCGGAUUGACCACAUCCAUGAAGAAGGGGCGAGCCCCGUAAGCCGUCUUGAAGGUGAGCAAAGAGGGGAACGACCCAACCUUGGGCUCCUCGACAAAAGGUGGCCAACGCGUCCGGUCCUCGCUGCACAUUCAAACGCAGAAAGCACUGAGUAGCGUGAGCUGCAGCAGGGCCCUGAUGCAGCUCUUUGAUGUGACUCCUCUUUGAUGUGACUCUUCACCUGGGAGGAAGUGUGUACGGCCGCAGUUUGAUGGGUUUGCCGUGGUCCAUGCCCAUUUCUGUGACCUGGUCGAAUAUCCUGCGGCUGUCCAGGUCUUUGCAGCAGACUGUGGCGAAAACCGCCUUGCCGUCCCUCCAGCAGUCGACGAUCUCCGGCACCUUGCAGCUCUGCGCUAUCUCGGGAUGAGCCUUGAUGAACCUUUCGCAGUGCUUAGUGACAUUGGUCCGCACGUCAUCCUUUGACCUGCAGGCACAGCACGAGAGUCGUGUGUGUGAUUCGCCUAAGCAGAUGCAUACACACGCCUGUGCACCGACCAGGUUUGAGGAAUGUUGCUCAGGAACACAGCCAGGCUUUCGCGGAUGGAUGGGUGGACCUGGAGGGGUCACAACGUAGGCCAUCACGCUCGUGAAUGCCAUUGACCUUGUCUGUAUCUAUCUCUACCUCUGAGAAGGGCGUGCCAACAGGCCACGUCAUGGAGCCCGGAGCUGAGGCGAACAACAACGACACAGGCACCAGACACCAGACGAAGACAGGUCCAUGAUCCUCAGGGGUCUUUCUCAGCAGCUUUCUUCCCAGGGUUGCUUGCAGACAUCUCGAGUGAAAGAGUGGGGUGAUGCUGAAGCGCGGGCGGCUAUUCCUGGGUAUUCCUGCUGGGGAUGGGUUG